UGCUUGAUGUUUUGCUUUGAGCGGUGAUGGAGAAUGGCGGUCUUCUCUGCAAGAAGGAUGUGAUCCGCGACAAGGAGACGGAGAUGGAAGCUACGGGAUGCCAGCAUUCUAGGGCAAGGCGCGCAUUCCAAGCCCUGCUACAUUUUCUCCUCGCCGCCAAGGAUUUCGCCGGUGUCUGGCCAAUUUUCGACGCGGCACACUCUUGCGACUUCCGGAAAAUUGUCCAGCGUCUUAUCAACGAGCUAGAGGCUCAAGGGGCUCUACCUCGGAGUAGCUCUCGGGUUUCCUCGCUAGCUACAUGCUGUGGUCAGAGAUUUGUGGAGCUAUUAUGGCAGCUCUCGGCCCACGCUCUGCGAGAAGUUCAUCGACGGAACUCGACGGAACAUCGAGAAGUUCAUCCCAGCGGAUGUUGCCGAGAACCCCUUGCCAGAUUCGCCCACGGAAGUCAUCACGCAAAAUUCACAUGCAUCAGCACUCCUUGCCGUAACAAAGUUGGGAAACAAAGUACCCGUGGCCAUCGUGGAGCAGCCCGGCAGCGCUACACGCAGCAAGAAUGGUGGUGAAGCUGACAACGUCCAGUUCUACUCUCAAUCAACUCCAACAGCUCGUGAGCUCGUCGGCCAUGUCCGUUUCGAGCAAAGGCCGCCACCAUGGUCGUGGAGAGCACCAAACUCCACUCCCAGGCCCGGUACUGGGAGAAGAUCUCCGCCGCGCUCGACACAUCUCCGCAUUUUCCAUACAUGUUGGUGGCGGCUGCUCCAGCAGUGACAUCGAGCUUCUCGCCGCUCGCCUCGACGCUCGGGUAGACAGCGCUGCCGUCCGAGAGAGCUGUGAAGGCCGCGCGCACGUCGAAGAUGCAAGGCAGAGCGACACCGUCCAUUCCCAGGCCGGCCAAGUCCAUGCUCAGCGCCGUCCGCUCCCGUCAUAGCUCGACACCAGGACACGAGGCUCUCCGGCAAGGCAUCGAAGACGAGCUUCGACUGCUCGAAUCUCCCACACUUGACGUGCAUGUUGAGCGCCGCGGUCCCGACCACGACGUCCGUUUGCCAGCCUCUCUCAACCGCAUAGCAAUGGAGCAGCUCUCCUCUGCUGGCUCCAGAGCAGGCUUCCAGGCCGCUCAGCACCGCCACCUUGUCGAAGUGGACGCCUUCUGGCACCAUCUUGUGGAAGCUCUCAACCGGCUUGAGUCGUUUGCCACGAACGCUCCAAUCAAGGCAGUCCAGGAUCUGACACUAGUGGUGGCAGAGCUCUUCUCGAAGGACUUGCGAGCAUCUUCCAAGCUGCGGCAUGUCAGAUGAGCAGACAACUCAAGUCCGCAUCCGAGCGAAGAUCAAGCGAGCGCUCCAGUUCGUCGUGAAGAAGACUUCCGCUUGGACGCGAUCAUCGAGUUCCAAGUCACGACGUCCCGGAGCUCUCCUCCGGCUCGCAGCUCAAACAUCUCCUCCGCAGGCCUCGACUUCUCCGCUGGAUCCCAGAGGAGAUAGUGUUCCACUCGGGCAUUCGAUCAAAGACGCUCUUGGCCUGAUGAAGAUCGCGAAGAUCGCCAUCGCCAGUAUGAUACAGCGGUCAUUGUACAGCGAUCCACACAAGAGCGUUACAAGAGAAAAUAAAAGAAGCUCACACCUUACUGGCAAA